AUUGCUCCGAGGAGAUGCAAGGAAGAAAUACGACCAGAUGGAAGGCAAGAACUUCCUCCUCCCAUGGCUCGACAUUGUCGAAGUCGUCGAAGCAGAACAGCUGUCCGAGACAAUGAGUCGAGCAACCUUUCGCUUCCCAGUCCAGCCGGAAUUCCUCAACCCAAUGGGUACACUCCACGCUGGAGCGACGUCUGCUUUCUUCGAAUGUGCAACGACUUGGGCGCUGUUCCCGAUUGCGAAGCCGGGUUUCUGGAAGUCGUUGGGGAUUUGCAGAACGAUUAGCUUUACGUAUCUGAGGCCGGCGGUGCAAGGAGAAGUGCUGUUGAUGGAGUAUGAGACUAUUCAUGUUGGCAAGCGUAUUGCGAUGGUAAGAGGAGUGAUAAAGCGGGAGAGAGACGGAGCUGCGUUGGUGACUUGCGAGCACAACAAGUACAACGUUAAUGCUGACUUGAAGCUGUGAUGGUGGAUCGGCCGAAAACAGGAGUAGAGCAUUCGGGAGCCAUGCCUUCACACGCCGUUGGAAUGGUAAACUCGAUCUUGUCGGGGAGUGAGUGGCAAGCAAAAAGUAUCCAGCGAGGAAAAGACGAAAAAAAGAAAGGCUG